AUGAAAAAAAUAUAUUUAAUAUUUAUUUAAAUAGUGUUCGUAAUUUCUUAAAGUUAACCGCCUCACAAAUUUUACAAACCUUUGAUAAAAACAUAAAAAAACUUUACAGGUUUACUUCCCGAGAAUUUUUCUUGGUAAAAUGUCAAUAAUACAAACUUUUUGACAGUCACAAAAAAUCAACACAUUCCAUAAUAUUGUGGAUCUUGUUGGGCUUAAGCUGCAUCAAGCAGUUUAUCUGAUCGGAUAAAAAUUGUUAGAAACGCCUAAUGGCCUGAUAUCCUAAUUGCUCCCUAAGUAUUGGUUUCAUGUAAUAAAUAUUCAAAUGGAUGUCACGGAGGAUCUGCUGCUGAUUCAUUUUAAUGGAUAAAAGAAAAUAAUAUUACUGAUGAAUCUUGUUCUCCUUACUAAGCCUAUGGACAUGAUAAUGGAUUAAAUUGUUCAGCAGAAAUUAGAUGUAAAAACUGUUUACCAAACAAAGGUUGUUGGGCGUAAAAAAAUGCUAAAAUUUAUACUGUUGAAGAAUAUGGAGAUGUCAAAGGAGAAGAAAACAUUAUGUAAGAAAUUUUCAAUAGAGGUCCUGUAGCUUGCAAUAUUUAUUCGACUGAAUAUUUAAGAUACAACUAUACAGGAGGUAUUUAUAAUGAUACUACUGCUUAUCCAGAAACUAACCAUGUUGUUUCUAUUGUAGGAUGGGGAGUUGAAAAUGGAGUUAAAUAUUGGAUUGUAAGAAAUUCUUGGGGAAGUUAUUGGGGAGAAAAAGGUUUCUAUAGAUAAUUAAGAGGUGUAAAUAUGAUUAACAUAGAAUAAUUUUGCUAUUGGGCAGUUCCAAAAGAUACGUGGACUAAUGAUGAAAGAGAUAAGAUCUAAACAUCAAAUGAAUAAGAAAAAUAAGAGUCUAAUUAAGAAAAAAUAAAUAACUUUUUCAAAUUUAGCAAUUAUACAUGUAGAAGAGAAUCACCAAAAAAUUAACCUUAAUUAAUAAAAGGAAAAUAACCUUAUUAAAUAAUCUAAAAAGUGCCUAAAAGUUUCGAUUGGAGAAAUGUAAAUGGAGUUAAUUACUUAUCUCAUACUAGAAAUUAACAUAUCCCUUAAUAUUGUGGUUCUUGCUGGGCACAUGGAACUACUUCUUCUCUUUCGGAUAGAAUAAAUAUUGCUAGAAAUAAAACUUGGCCUGAUACUUCUUUAAGUGUUUAAGCUAUUAUUAAUUGCAAUGCAGGAGGAUCAUGUGAAGGUGGAAAUCCUUAAACAGUUUACGAAUUUGCAAAUAAUAAAGGUAUUCCAGAAGAAUCUUGCCAAAACUAUGUUUCCAAAGAUCCUGUAAGUGCUGAUUGUUCGGAUAUUUAAAGAUGUAUGGAUUGCACUAGACCUAUUCCUACUAAUACUACUGUUAAUCCUGGUAGAUGCUGGGCUGUAAAAAAUUAUAAAAAUUGGAAAGUCUCAUAAUAUGGAAGUGUUUCUGGAGCAGAUAAAAUGAAAGCUGAAAUUUACAUGAGAGGACCUAUUUCUUGUGGUAUUCAUGUCUCUAGUAAAUUUGAAGCUUAUAAUGGAGGUAUAUAUUCUGAAAGAUCAAUUUUACCAGUUAUUAAUCAUGAAAUUGCAGUUGUAGGGUGGGGAAUCGAUGAAAAAACUAAAACAGAAUAUUGGAUUGGAAGAAACUCCUGGGGUACAUAUUGGGGAGAAUCAGGUUUUUUUAGAAUUUAGAUGCAUAAAAAUAAUUUAGGUAUUGAAGAUGAUUGUUCUUGGGGUGUUCCAGUUGUUGUUGAGAAUGAAAAAUAAAAAACUUCUGAAAAAAUGUAAAAAUUGAAUAUUGAAAAAUAUUAAAUAAAAAUACAUAAUAUAGGAUAUAAGAAUAUAUAAAUAUGA